AUGUCUGCCUUUGAUCCGCACACUCAGAACAUCACCUUCUUCGCCGCCGAUGGCAAGACUGAGAUCAAUGUUCCUAUACCGGUGAUUGAUCAGUUGCGUCGCAGAAUAGUCAACAGUACCAUCAACUAUGCGACGCAGCUUGGCGCAUGCCUCAUCAUGUUGAUUGUGCUGCUGGUCAUGGUCCCCAAAGAGAAGUUCCGAAGGCCUUUCAUGGUCCUCCAGCUUCUCAGUCUGUUUAUCUGCUCUGUCCGAAUGGUUCUGCUCUGUCUCUUCUUCAUAUCGAGCUUCACCGAUUUCUACCCUUACUACUCCGAUGACUUCAGUCACAUCCCACUCAGCAGCUAUGCCCCAUCCAUCGCCGGAACCACCAUGUCGCUCUGUCUCGUCAUCUCCACUGAGCUGAUGCUCAUGAGCCAGGCCUGGACCAUGGUCAGACUGUGGCCGAACUUUUGGAAGUACAUCAUCACUGGAGCAUCACUUGUCGUGUCUCUCAUGACCAUCAGUAUUCGAAUUGCCUUUACCGUCCUGCAGAACAAGUCAAACCUAGCUGUAGAAGCUACCUGGCAUUGGCUCUGGCUGUCGCAGUGGACAGUAAUCAUGAACGUUGUUUCCAUCGCAUGGUGGUGCCUGAUCUUCAAUAUCAAGCUCGUCUGGCAUCUCAUCUCAAACCGCGGCAUCCUCCCCUCGUACAAGACAUUCACUCCCAUGGAAGUGCUCAUCAUGACCAAUGGUAUCUUGAUGAUCAUCCCAGUCAUCUUUGCCUCUCUCGAAUGGGCUCAUUUCGUGGACUUUGAAGUAGCAUCCCUGACCCUCACCUCCGUUGCUGUCAUCCUCCCUCUCGGCACCCUCGCCGCCCAGCGCAUCGCCAGCAGCAACGCCAACACCCCCAUCGCCUCCAACGCAUCAAGUGGCAUCCGCUACGGCGUCAGCGGCCCAACUUCUUUCACGGGCUUCAAGGCUCCCAGCUUCAGCACCCACCGCAGCGGUGCCACCGACAGGCCUGGCGUCUCUGUAUACGCUCGCUGCGAGGCCGGCACCUCAUCCCGCGAUCACAUCAACCCUCACGAUGUGGAGCUCGGCAAGAUCGAUGCCGAUUGUGAUCACGUCCGGGUCGAAAGAGCUUUCCUUCAGCACGAGGAGCGAAUCUAG